GUAAUAGUGAGAUGUGCAUUCAGUACCGGAGUAGGAUAGAACAUGUUACAAAGAUCAACAUUUUUCUAAGAUCAUUUAUGUUAAUAAAAUAUAUUUCUGAGUGAACGAACCUUUAUAUCAACGAGCUUAAGUAAUCGAGUAGAUGCAGGCGACACCUGAACAAGCGCAACAAGCGAAGAUUGAUUAAGCAUUUCGCAUAGAGCAACACCGUAUGUUUCUAAUAGACAUUAUCAUCAACCCUAAAACUGCUGUCUUGCGGCCGUAAUCUUACCUUUCGAGAAGCGUAAAGUGAAUGGAUCGCAUUGAUAAAUUUGAAGUCCCGUUUCUGUCCCAACUGAGAGGAAACUAAAUGAAUGAUUUGUCAAUGAUAAAUCUUCGACGAGGUACUCACCGUUGAUCCUGGUUCCAUGAACAAUGUAAUACGAUGGGGGCCAUAAUAUCGACAAAUUAAGUUAUUUCUUGUAAAAUUUAUGGAAUUAAAAGGAUUUGAAAACUCAGGAAUACUUUUUAUGUGUAACACCAUUAAGCACCCGGAUUUGCUUCAUAGGAUUGUAUAUCUUCCUAAGUUAAAUUCAAUGCAGUGAGAAAUCCGGUGAAUGGUUUCAAUGUACUUAGUAUUAAUAAAAGAUUAAUUGGUCACAAUUUCUGUUGUUUUUCGUAUAUGGUAAUCGAAUUGACAAGAGCAGUUUUUGAGAGAACCGUCGGUGUUUCACUAUGAACAACUACGUUUGAUGAAGCUAAGGGUUUGGUAAGAGCCUCUGGAAGAAAAACGAAUAAAUAAUUAUCCAAAAAAUACAGGCAUAUAUAAUUAAUUUUAUCAAGAUCAAUGGAUCCCAUAGAGUGGGAACGGGAAUUCGAAAAAAUUAUUGUUUUUCGAAAUACAGUUUUGGAAGGUAAACAUAGCCAGAUUGAGGUACCAAAAGAAGCUAAGUUGAAUUUCUUAAAGGAGAAGCUUUCGGCCUCUAUAAAAAAUGGAAGUAAAAAGAGGGAACACUCGCAAAGCGUUACAUUACAAGAGGAUACCAGCUUGGAUGUGAAGGAUGCAGAACCAAAGGUUAAUAAAACCUCUAAUUCAAAGAGAUCAAUAAGCGAGACUCCAUUAAUAGAGGAAUUAAAUCCUGUCUCUAGCGAGUUUACAAAUAUUCCUGGAUUGGGAUUAUCUCGAGUACAAAAAAGUGAGGGAUCAUUGGAGACAUUGAAUCGAGAACACGUAGAUUUAAGCAAAGAAGAGAAGCAUGGUAAGGACGAUAAUAUAGAAAAAGGACAUAUGGAAGAAUCACCUCUUUUACCUUCGAGAUUACCCGAUCUUUCCAAUAUGCCGUGUCAAGAAUCAGCUUCAGACGAAACAGGGAAGCCUGAGAAAAUUGAGCAGCAAAGGGAAUCUUCUAAAAUUCAAUCAUUUGUUAGUAAAAGUCUUGAACAAAUAGACGUGCAGUCUGUUAAGCAGGCUUCCUCUCACAAAGACUCGCAAUCUGCUUCUGACAUACCGUCCCCUCCUAUGUCCGCGUUUGCACCUUCUAGAGUCUCUGCUCCAUCACCUCCACGUGUUCCUAGCUUCUCUGUUCCAAGCUUAAAACAUAUUCACUCACCGGUGAAUGACUUGUCUUCUACAAAUGCAGAAAAAGUUCCAACACAUCUUAAAUUUCCUUCGCCACCUCCAUCAGCAGCUAUUCAGCAACCAUCAAAAAAUGUUUAUUCUUCAUCUUUAAAGGAUGAAUCUGCAAACGUUACCGUCAAAGACGAGGAGUUAUCACCUCGACCCCCUUCUUCGGAGACACUACCUAGUUCGUCAAAACCUUUGGAGCUUGAACAAGCAUAUAGUUCGAAUCGGGUACCUUAUGAAAUGAAUCAUUCACAUACAACUAUACGGCGUAUUCCGGAUUUACCUUCCAACGAAGUGUAUUCCGUUCCCGCUGAUGCUGGGUUGUCUCGACCUAUCUAUAAUUCUGAGGUUACCGGUGUUCGUUAUUAUCCUUACGAAAUGAAUAUGACAAGGAUGCAUUCUCCUUAUCCUGCAACUUUUGAAUCUAUGAGUGUUCCUCCUGGAAGUUCGGGGCCUCCUCCACAGUUUGCAUCCUACAAUAGGGAUGCAUCCUAUUUUCCACAGCAUUAUCAUCCUGCAGAAUAUUCAUCGAAGGAAAUGCAAAACAUUAAAGCAGCACCACUUUAUGGCGAUUUUGAAAGUUAUAACGAUCAAAAUAACUCUUCAUCCUCUUAUUCUCCAUAUUAUCAUCAUCGUAUGAGAAGUACCAAUGCUUUUCCUCAGAUACAGGGGCCACCUUAUGUUUCUGGUUACUACAAUCCAACAGCUGUGGACUACAGGAGUAAAACUCCAAACCCUGCGCUUCAUACUUAUCCCAUGAACAACCGUAGUUACAUUAACUAUCAUCAGAGUGGGAGCUACAACUACUGAAUAGCUUUUUUUGAGAUUUUUUAUUUUUUUUGGAUUAUAGUGGUUCCGACUUUCAGUUUUGGAAAACUAGAAUUUUGCAUAUAUAUAACAGAGUUAUACUGUUUUAGAAGCUUAUUUAUUAAUCUUAUGAUAGUUUAAUUGUUAUUUUCUUCAGAGUACAACGAUGAACGAAGUAUUAGAGUUUCCUACUA